CUUCACAAUCUUGACUGUCAAAAGUUCUCUAGCUCUCACUGAAAAGGAAUAUUCAACUAUCUCUCUUAAAAUCUACCAAGAAUGGAAGACCCAUGUAUGCAAAAUGUGGAUGCUCCGAAGUAUAAAGGUGUUCGGAAGCGAAAAUGGGGCAAAUGGGUGUCUGAGAUUCGUGAGCCGGGGAAGAAAACCAGAAUAUGGUUAGGGAGCUAUGAGGCACCGGAAAUGGCGGCCGCGGCUUACGAUGUGGCGGCAUUGCACCUCAGAGGACAUGGGGCGCGCCUCAACUUCCCUGAACUACUUGACAGUUUGCCACGACCGAAGAGCUCGAGGGCUGAGGACGUGCAGUUGGCGGCUCAAGAGGCGGCAUUCCGGCUUCGAAAACCCGUACCAGCGUCGGCGGCCAACGUGGGGAGCUCCGAGGCUAAUGCCGUUCCGGCUAGGGUGGGGCUCUCGCCGAGCCAAAUUCAGGCCAUAAACGAGUCACCUUUGGAUUCACCGAGAAUGUGGAUGGAGUUGGCAAUGGGAGCUCUUUUGUUGGAUGAGAGUGAUAUGGUGUUACAUGAUAACGAUGUUGAUCAGUUGAGCGAGUGGGAAGAAGUGCAAUAUGAGUCAAUUUGGGACUCCUAGGUAACACAGGACAAGAAAUAUAUAUUCAGUAAUUAUCGAAGGUAAAUUCAUCAAAAAAUAAAGAUGAAAAAAACUAACAAAUAAAAUAGCUUUUAAACUAAUUCUUUUAACUAAAUUACUCCUCUAUAAGCUUAUUUAUUCACGGAGGAGAAUGGUUCAAGUUUAAGCUUCUUCAUGUGUAACCUUUUAAGGUACACACAGAAUGUUUUUGUGGUUGAGAGAGAGCUAGAGAGGGAAAAUUGUGAAGGGUGUGUACUUUUGCAUCAAAUGGGGGCUGCUUUUAAGAAUUCGGAGGCUCUAUUAAUUGAAGCAUCAAGUUAAUUAGGGAAAAUUUAUGUUGCUCUGGCGCUAGCUCUCACAUGGUACUCCAGGUUUUUGCAGCUGUGGGUUCUUUUUCUUUCCCCCCAUUGCAGUCCUGUUUCUAUCUGUGGAGCGGCUGUCAAAAGAGUCAUGCAAUUUGUUUUGUUUGUGUAAAAGAAGUGGUUGCUUUUAGUUCUAUCACAGCAUUUGUUCUUCCA